AUGCUUCCACCUCCAAUUGACCAAUUUUCAAGUUAUGAUGAACUCCUUGCUCAUGUUCGAGCCUUUGUUUUAACUCAAGGAUAUGCUGUAACCAUAAAAAGAACUCGAACUGAUGUAAAUGGCAAAGUCAAGAAUGUGACAUUGCGUUGUGACAGAGGUGGCUCUUAUAGAAAUAGUUUGAACCUGACAGAUGAUUUACGUCGUAGGCAGACAGCAUCAAGAUUUUUGGAUUGUCCAUUUGAGCUCCAUGGGACCAGACGCAAUGGUGUUUGGUUUCUUGAGGUUCGCAAUUCUGAGCAUAAUCACGAAGCAUCAGAGGAUAUGUCUGGUCAUCCAAUCACUCACAGGUUGAACACUGAGCAACGAGAGCUAGUUCAGCAAAUGUCUGCCGCUGGAUCCCAUCCUUGUGAAAUUUUGUCAACCAUUCAUCAGAGUGAUCUUUCUUCUAUGGCCACAUCUAGAACAAUCUACAAUACUUUGCAUUCCAUUCGUGAAGAAAGACUUGAUGGUCGUACACCAAUUCAAGCUCUUUUUGACAAAUUACAAGAAUCUGACUUCGAAUUUGAUUAUCAACAUGAAAAAGAAGCAGAUUAUGAAUGCGCCUUGACUUGCAUUUCAAAGAUCUUUAAUGGAAUGUCUCAUCCUAAAGUCAUUGUCACUGAUCGAGAAUUAGCACUGAUGAAUGCCAUUGGUAGAAUCUUUCCUGGUGCUCAUCAUCUUCUAUGUAUUUGGCACAUAAACAAGAACAUUUUAGCUAAAUGUAAACGUCACUUUGCUACAGAAGAAGAUUGGACCAAGUUCAUUGAAUUGUGGAAGGCAGUUACAGCAUCUAUCACUGAACAAGACUUCACAACCAAAUGGAAGGAAUUUUUAGAAUGCUAUGCGAGUAAGCCCAACAUCCUGCAGUAUCUUCAAGAAACCUGGAUCCUACAUAAAGAAUGCUUCAUUUCUGCCUGGGUUGAUCGUUACUUGCAUCUUGGUAACAAAGCAACUUCACGAGUAGAAGGUGCACAUGCUACUCUUAAAAAGUAUUUGCAGUCAUCCAGAGGUGAUCUUGAGUCAGUACAUCGUAAGAUCAUAUUGCAAGUAGAGUCUCAAGCAAAGGAAAUCCAUGCAAUGAUCUCUUCUGAAUGUCUAAAAGUACAACAUGUGUACCGUAUAGCUCUGUUUGAACCUCUCUUGAGUCGUGUAUCUGUUUUUGCCUUGAAAAAGAUCUGUGACAAGUGGAUCAAGGCAUCAAAUGCAACACUAGAUUCUCCCUUGAAUCCUUGCUCAGGGAUCCUUAGCUCCACGAUGGGUCUUCCAUGUUCACAUCUCAUCAGUGAACAUAUAGCAAACAGCCAAACAUUGCAGCAAACUGAUAUCCAUGAACACUGGUGGAUCAAAGGUCGCCAUUUUGAAUUCUUAGGUGAUCUUACACGUCCUGCCAAUGGUGACCACGCUAAUCUUCAGCUUCUUUUACAAUCUUUUGCACAACAAUACCAAUUCUGGCCACCACACCAACAAGCUGCUGCUCGUACCCAGUUGGAAGAAUUGUCUUCUGCUCCUCCUGAUGUACUUGGAAACCCUGAAGUUAGUAGGCCACGAGGAAGACCAGUUGGAGCAAGAAACCAAAGCGAAGGAUCAAUGCAGAGAGAUCCAUCUGCAUUUGAGCUUGUUGAAAGAAGGCCAAGGCAAUGUGGUAUAUGUUGUCAAACUGGUCAUAAUAGCCGAACAUGUCCUACUGUGUAA